ACCGCCAACGUGUGCUGAAGGUCGCUCCCAAGACUCUCCAGGAAGUUCUCCACCCCGUAGUGAUUCCGCGAAAUCGUCGAGCCCCCGUGAACAGUUUGUAGAAAUUGCGCACGGACCCCCAACUGCGUGGACUCCGUAGAAGAAACAGUUGGUGAUCGCGAACCCCCGAAGAAAGAGAUUAAUCAGGCUCCCCCGGAUUUGGCCAAUUGAUUUGUGUGUUGUUUCCUCUGUACGAGGCAGAACUCUAUACCAACCGAAAUUAACGUAAUUGGCCAGACCCCCGGUUGUGAUUGAAGAGCAAGAUCUGCGGAACAUUCGGCGAAGAAGACCUUUGAGUUGGUAGUGAGAUCUUAGAGUAACCCCAGAAAAAAAAAACCCCAAAGAAAAUGUUCAAAGUUCGAAGAACCGCCGCCGUGGCGCUGUUCCUCGUCCUGGUGAUCGUGAUGGCCACCGCGACGGAAGCCCGCCGGCGGAGGUACCCGUCCGGUAGCCGCAGGAAACCGUUGACCUCGCACAAAACCCUGAAGCAGCUGGAGUACGAGGCCCGUGAGACGAACACCCCGAACUUUGUCCGGCUGGUGUUGAUGCGGUUGGUUUACGGGCUGGCGACCCAGAUGGGCAUCGAAGACCGGUUGGACACGGCGUUCGGGGGAGCGUUUGUGCCGCCGAACGCGGUCGAGGAGGCCGACGACUAUCUGGACAUCUUCAGCGACGAGGGUGGCGAUGGGGAUUACGGGCUGUAAGGUGGUGGUGUUGCAGGAGACCGGAAGAACCCCGCGAGGAAGUGCUGCACGUUACGAGCAGAUUUGAACGUGUGACGCAGAGAAAGCCCUGUUAGAAAGCAGCGUAAUUCCCCACCCAAAUUCCGGCCACUUUGAAACAACGAAAUUAACAAGGAAAAAAUCGAAUUGAACGCAAAACCAGAGUGCAGGUGCAAUGCAAAUUGUGCAGAACCGCGCGCGCGCUCGAAACGAGGUCAGUAACUGAUGAGGUGUGGAAGCGCGCUCCACCACAAACAGGAACAACGAAUGUAUUUUUUUUAAAUACAUACACACAAUUAUAUUUAAGAAUGAAAGUGCAACAUGUGAAAUGAAAAGAAGAGUUGAAGAAGAAAAAUCAGACAAAACUGGUACGAGUUAAUUGUUAAGGCUGUUUGUUAAGAGAGUUAGGGUCAUACAAUUUACCAGAAAACAGUUGUUUUUGUGGAGCGAAAGCAAAAACAUUUUUAAAACAUGUGUUACAUGAAGUCUAUACAACAUGGCAAACGUCAACACGAAUAAACACAAGUAGAGUUAACGAGUUUGUAGAGGUUUGUCUUUGGGAGAAGUUUAAAACGUUUCAAAAGGUCAAUAACCUUUCAACUUAUGAUAAAUUUUUUCAUAGUCCCAACCUAUUUUGCUGCACUCACUUGUGCCCGAUUUUAGUUCAAGCCUCAAGUCAUCGACUCGAUUUUUUGCUUUCUUUGUCCGGUUUCAUUUUGAGCGGCAAUUUGGAAAUCACCAUCAUUGUGUGCUAGAAACAUAUCAAACAAAAGUGAGGAAAAGCUCGAUCUCGAAAAACAGGAACAUGCAUGAAAGAUGAAAACAGGAACGAACCGACAUCGUGCAAGAAAAAGUAGUCAAACGGGUCGGUAAUGGAUGGAAUUUCCUUUUGCAGAAGCGCAAAUUUGGCACAUCGUUUCCAG